GAUCGACGUCAGGGCUGAAAAAGAAGAAAAAAAGGAAUCUUGGUUGUCACGGCAACGUUGUGUAUGAUCGAGCGCGUGCCAAAUGAGCGUGAAAAUAGUUAUAAGUAGGAGUACCUAUAGCUAACUUUUCUUCACUGGAAAACAAUGGGAAGGGUGAAACAGCGAGCUAUUUCAGUCAGGGGAGGCCUGAAGUACUAAAGCGGAGCGCGAUGUCAAGUCAUAACCUGCCACCGGUGCGCCAUUUGCCACACUGGACCAGAGUAGGGCGGCUAGAGAAGCCUUGCUCGCUACGACGCUUACCGGCUAACCCUGAACAGCGGCUCCCGCUACCUGUUAUCAAGCCAGCGGGCAGAGCAGCGGCAGAGACGUCCUGUCAGAGCGGCAGCACGGACCUCCGGGUUGCUUCACUGCAAAGAAACGUCCAGUUCCUACAAGAACAGCACAAGGAAACACUGAAGAAGCUCCACGCAGAGAUAGAGAACCUCAGACGGGAGAAUAAAGAGUUGAAGUAUAAGCUGAUAAUGGAGCCUCCUAAGUCAAGUAGAAAAGUUGCACACAGUCGACAAAACUAUAGACCACCCACUCAGGGCAGUCAAGCCCAUACUGGACUGUACAUGGAGGAGCCACUGCAGGACACGAGACUCUUGCAGGACCAGGCUCUCGGUAGCAUUGGAGCAAGCACUGAAAUUCUGGAUUCAGCCAGGCAGGACUAUGGCACGGAGGCCAAUGGGCGCCUCAUCACUUCACUGCAGCCUCUCCGAAUUCACAGCAGUUCCUCCCAGCCCCCACGGGCCCCCACACUACAGGAGUGUGAGAUCAUCAUCCGACAGCUAUAUAAUGCUAACAGCUUACAGUCUCAGGAGAUCGUGCGUGUGAAAGCACUGCUCAGAGACAUCGUUUCAAACAAGAAAAUCACCCCAGAAAACUACAUCAUGGCUAAGGCCUACCUUUCAGAUGGAACUCGCGGGUCUUUAGAAGAAAACAAAUUACCAAAACUUGGCCUUCAGUCAUUCCCAGAAAAACAGUGUGGAACAUCUCAGUCUGGGGUUGUCUUCCCUGCCCUCAAACAGAGCCUUGGCUACAGCAUUGCAGAUAGACAGAAGAGGUCCCGUGCUGUGCAGAGAGACCGUUUGAGAAGGGCUGUUCAGUGACAGGAACACAAAUACCAGAGCAUAUUUCUGUGGUAUAUAAUGAAAUAAAGCAUUUCUGAUUGAU